AUGUCGAGCUCAGCGGCUAUCGGGCGCCAGGCCAGGUCUAAAGGAUUAGUCUCCCCUCUUCUCCCGGGGUCUCAAAAGCUACCCACACCUCCUAUCAACUCAGACUUCCGCGGCAUUGGCCAACCGCUAGUUAGGCCUCCAGAAUCUGGUUCAAUGACAUUCAAGCCCGCAGAACAGGCACCAUUUCGAUCAACCCAAUCUUCCAAUAUUCCAACGACCGUCCACAGCCCAGAAACAGCGGAGGCAAAUCGUCCUCAAGCGUACCCUCUGCAACGUCCGCCAGGAAAUCAUCAUAAAAUGGGAUCUCCUUAUAAUCACAACCCCGUGCAGAACACUGGAAGACAAGUGUCUGAGAAAUCCGUUACAACAUCUCCUCCUCAGCUGCACCCACCACAGCCACUGGCACCAGAGAGGAUUGCUGGUCAGGAAAUUCCAUCUCGCAAUAAUCCAAUUUUGGGGAGUAAAGCCCCCAGAACUUCAGUUCAGCAGGUUCCCAUGACUCAUAAACUUCCUCCUGGGGUUCCUAAUCAUGUCACCAAAAACUCUCAGCCAAAGGAAAAUAGUUUUCUGGUUACAAGCAAUCUGCCAGCUGGAUCCAAAUCAGAAGUGACCAACUUGAGCAAACUUCCAACAACCCAGCAAAUUGGAAUCCAGCAAGCCAAGCCUCCUCCACCUCUGUCUGUUAAAACUUCCUCCAGGGGCCCAGAAAACCCAAUAUCCCAGCCAAACAAGAAAGUUACACAUCAAUUACCAGUCCCUCCAUUUGAGCCCAUUAUGGCCGUUAGGAACCCCAGAGAACUCGCCUGGAUGAGCAGACCAGGCUCACAGCCUCUGCCAGCUCCACCAGCUGAUGGGCCCAUAUCUUAGAAAUUUGAGCGCUAAAUUAGGUUCACCAGGCACUAUUACCCAGCUGUGAAAUUGCUUGGACAACUUCAAACAAGGAUCAUACACAGACCACAUACAUAUUUUUCUGUAGGAGGGGCCUUGAAGACAUUCAUGGAGAUCCCUCUCAUGAACAUUUU